GCUUAAAAAAUAGAAUAUAUAAAUGUAAUAUAUUAGUUAGGGUCAAUGACCACCUCUCGUUCUGUUAAAUGAGUGCAAUUUCACAUAAAUAGUAAUGGAUGCAAGCAUUAAAUCUAAAAGAGCAUUAUCAAGAGGAAAUGUGACUUUAAAGUAAAUAAUGUGAUAUGAAUUUGAUUGUUGAAGAGGAUUUUAGCUAAAGAUGAGUAAACAGAAGGGAGAGGAAUUGAAUUUGUUGAAUUGAGUUAAACUGGCUGUAAGAAAUCUCACCCUCCGUGUGAAUGAAGCGACUGUCUGUGUGAAUGCUGCUGAGAUGAAUUCAUAUGCUUCCCGUGCAUUUGUUUCAUACAGACUGAACAAUUGUGGCCCCUUUAUUCUAUUCAUUAAGGUUCAGUGUAUGUUUGCCAGCCUACAUCUGCAAGGGAGUUGCAGAAAAGCCUCAUGUUCAUCGAGCCGAGAUGAGUCGAGACAGCGGGUUAAAUUCACAGACGAGCGCGUCUGCAAAUCUCACCUGCUCAACUGCUGCCCGCAUGACAUCCUCUCUGGAACGCGGAUGGACCUUGGCGAAUGCUCUAAGAUCCAUGACCUGGCACUGAGGGCCGACUAUGAGAUCGCGUCUAAAGAGAGAGACUUGUUCUUUGAGCUGGAUGCUGUGGAUCACCUGGAGUCCUUCAUUGCUGACUGUGACCGCAGGACUGAACUGGCCAAGAAGCGUCUCGCUGAGACUCAAGAAGAGAUCAGCGCUGAGGUGGCGCAAAAGGCAGAAAAGGUUCACGAGCUGAAUGAGGAGAUCGGGAAGCUGCUAGCAAAGGCUGAGCAACUCGGCGCUGAGGGAAAUGUGGAUGAAGCGCAGGAGGUUCUGCAGGAGGUUGAGAAAGUCCGAUCUAGGAAGAAGGAUGCAGAGGAAGAGUACAGGAACUCUAUGCCUGCAUCUAGUUUCCAGCAGCAGAAGUUGCGUGUCUGUGAGGUUUGCUCCGCCUACUUGGGUCUCCAUGACAACGACCGGCGUCUUGCAGACCACUUUGGCGGGAAACUGCACCUGGGUUUUAUCCAGAUCAGAGAGAAGCUGGAGCAGCUGAAGAAAACCGUGCUGGACAAACAGGAGAGGAGAAACCAGGAGCGACUGAAGAGAAGGGAAGAGCGGGAGAGAGAGGAGAGGAUGAAAAAGAGGACCAGAUCACGCAGUCGAGAACGCAAGAGGUCUCGUUCCCGUGAGCGUGAUCGAGAGCGCAGACGCCGGCGUUCCCGCUCCGCUUCACGAGAGAAACGCCGUUCCCGUUCUCGCUCCAAAGAGCGCGACAGACGCAGACGACACCGAUCUCGAUCCAGAUCCCGCUCACGCCACAGCAGAGAACAGUCACACAAGUCUUCACGAGACCGUGAUCGCGAGAGGGACAGCAAGCGCAGCUCAUCCGAGCGGAGAUCAGACGGGCUGAACGGCAGGACAGAAUCUCGUCGCCAUGAUGACAGAGAAGCCGGAGAGAUCUGAGUCAUCUCACGUUACCAUAGCGAACACCCAGACCGCUCCCAUACACACACACACACACACACACACACGCAUAUACCCACUUUUAUAUUCAUCAUGUUUGCUUCGUCCAUAGUAAACUGCCCACGUCCUCAUCCAUUACAGUCUCUGUAGUCGUUAAUAUCUCAGUCCAGUGAGAGCUGCACCCGUCUCAUCCACUGUGUUGAAAUGAAAGCUGUGUGUUUGAGUGUGUGUAGGUUUGAGGUUUGUUUAUUUCUUUUAAACAAACAUCUACUGCCGUUAUUUUUGCCCCUUCAUAAUGUCCUCGUCUCCCUUUACUCUUGGAAUGUAGAUUUGAUUUGUUUUGAGGGAAUGUGUGCAUGUUGUUUUUGUUCUGAAAGCUGUUCUGAGGUCAGUUUAAACGCCCCUUUCUUUAAAUCUAGCUCCAUUGUUUUCCCCAUAGAGAGAGAGAGAGAGAGAGCUGUAGGAGAUGAAGAAAUCUGAACAAGCGUGUUCUUGAAGUGUUGUUUCAGAUUUAUUAUGUACAUGAUCUUUUAUAAUGCCGUUUUGAUUUCAUGUUGUCCUUAUUAAAGUGCAUUAAAUGGUUUUAUGAAUUGAAA